AGGAAGUAAGAUCGACGGCUCUUCUUGUUCGUUUAAAAAUUCAAAUUCUUUAGUUGAAAUUCACAUAAAUUCGAUUUCUGAAAACGCUAGGAAUAUGUUUGGCCGUCAUAGUGGUUCGGGAAGCUCCGGUGGCGCUACUGGCAAUCUAAUCGAGUUUCGUGCUGGCCGCAUGAAUAUGGUUGGCAAAAUGGUGCACCCGGACGUCCGCAAGGGUCUCGUCUAUAUGACGAAGGGUGCCGACAGCCUGAUGCAUUUCUGCUGGAAGGAUCGCGGCACUGGCAAGAUGGAAGAGGAUUUGAUCGUAUUCCCUGGCGAAUUUGAGUACAAACGCGUGAAUCAGUGUAAGACUGGUCGAGUCUAUGUGCUGAUCUGCAAGUCCUCACCCAGUCGCCUGUUCUACUGGAUGCAGGAGCCCAAGACGGAUAAGGACGACGAAUACUGUCGUCGCAUCAACGAGCUGCUCAAUAAUCACUCACCAGCUCAAGUGGCCAGCGGUGCUAAUGACAACAAGGACUUGCAGCACAUGCUGAACAACAUGUCCCAAACCCAGCUGAAUCAGUUGUUUGGUGGCGUCGGAGAAAUGGGUGGCCUGAGCGCCUUGCUUGGACAAGUGACGCCCAACCCGACUUCCUCAGUCAGCACCGUGCCAGCUGUCGGCGGUGUGACGAGCCCUCAGCAAACUUCUGUAAAUGAGGUUAAGCCGCUCACACCACCAAAGCCACAGAGUCCUUGUGUCAUCGGCAACAAUCUGAAAAUUGACGCUGCUGCCGAAGGUGUUGUUACAGCUACUGCUGGUGAAGCAGACCCGGAGAGCAACAUGUUGGUAGUGCUCUUUCCCGAGGCCGAAGCUAUCGACGAUGAUCGCAAGCAGCAGAUCAAGGAUCAGCUAAGCUCAUUGCCGUUUCGUCAGGCACUGACCCAACACUCAAAGGCCAUGCAGUCGGUGCAGUGCGUGCUGUCCACUGAUGCCGUUGGUGCCGCUCUAGCCGGCGACUUGGAUAAGUUUGUGCUGGCACUUCAGCAGAUAUUACCAAAGGAUGUCAUCAUGGCAGUUGACACUGGCAAAAAAGAGGAAUCGGUUGGCCCCCUUACCGAUUUAGCCCUGGAGGAAGAGGUCGAAACAUCUAAUCCGGAGGAGGAACAAAAGUAGGCAUAUGCCGAUACAGCUUGCAGAAUUUCACAUUCUGACCACACAACACACACACACAAUCACACAAUUAAUAUUAAUAUAUAUUAAUAAUUGUGGCUCGUGAUAUAUAACGGCUAAUCAAAUCAUGUUAUAUAUAUUCUCUGUAUUUUGAUAAGGCGAUUCAUACGAAAACAAUAUAUACAAAUUAUAAAAAAA